AAAUAGUGAGAGAGCGAGAGUUGAAGUGUGCAAAGUCGAGCUAUACCGCUUAUGAACCCUAACUAAUUUCUCCAAAUACUUUUUCUUCCCAAUAAUAAAAAAGUUUUGUUUUAACUUUCUCAAAUCAAUCAGGAAAAACAUUUCCAGGUAACAAAUUCUCCAUUUCCUUUUUCAAUUUCUUCUUUCAAAUUUCAUAAAAUUCGACCUUUUUUUUCGGGGGUUGGCAAAAUCAAACAACUAACCUAAUGGAGCAAAGCAGCAGCAGUAGUGAUCUGUUUCACCAACUGCAUAAGCUACCAUCAUCAGCAUCAGAGGAAACUCUAUCACAUAUUCUUGAAACCCUAUGGAAAACCAGAAAAACUGGUCUGAGACCAGUCGACAAAUCUUCAAUUCGAUCUCUUCUUUGUCUUCCUUCUCUUCAAGAACUUGAUCCAUUGUUAGCAUGUCUCCGUUCACUUAUCAGAAAAACAGUACACGAGAACCUAAUUGCAGAUGAUAUACUGAAACUAUUUCCCAUAGACUUGUCCCUCCACCUGCAAACUACUCUAGUUUUGUUACUCCAGAGGUAUCAAAAUCAGUGGAAAGAGGAUGUGUCUAUGGACAGACAAACGACGGGAGGCGUCCUGUGCCAGGGUAAUGUAGGUACAGCAACCCCUUUGCUCGCACCUUUUUCAGCUGCGGCGGCGGAGAUGUUGUCACCAUUGUGGUCUCGUCAAGAUGAUGUUCCUGGUUGCUUCAAUCACAGUGAAAUUGUCAGUUGUGCACCUAUUGUUUGCGAUGGUAACAUAUCAAAUGUGACUGCAUCCGUACCCCCUGAGGAUAUGGGAAUAUUACCGUGCCUCAAGUCGAUGAGUUGGACCAUUGAGAGACGGAGCUCAGCACCAGGUAAUAGAGCAGCUGUCAUCAGUCUAAAGUUGCAAGAUCGUAAUAAGUCAGGAGAGACUGAAGUGAAGUUUCAAAUUACUAAAGAUACGGUGGAAGCCAUGUUGAGAUCAAUGACCUACAUCAGUGAGCAGCUUGAAAACAUUGCAGCUGGGAAAAUUCCCUCUGAACCAUUGCAGAAGAAGCAACGGCAGUAGAAAAAGUGGAUGGGCACAGGCGUUGACUUUUGUUCAAUUUCUCAAGAACUUGUUUUGCAAUUGGCUGAAUGCACAAUACAUCAUUUUAAUUUGUCUAAGAUCAAUCAACUUAUGUAGAGAUUUCCCUGAACAUUUUCUUAUCUUGUGUAACUUGAUUGAAUUACAUGAAUAUACACUCUACUGCUGCACUGGUACUCUUUUUGCUGUAUGCGUCUCUUCGCUGGAAGUUCCAAACCAUUUAGUUUAAAUUAUGACUCAAAAUCCAGAAUGUACAGCGUGUUUACACGGCUUUAUGUUGAUGAGAAUGUACAUGGUGUGGUCUCGUUCUCCUUGGAUUGUAUAUCAUUCGCAACGACAAUCAUCUCGUCAGGUGCAGUACCAACCUGAUAGUACUUGAAAUCCUCUAUUGAUUGUGCUACAAGAGUUGUUGUCGAUAUGCAUUUUUGACAUAGGUGGCCCGGGGUAACCUCUUUCAGCCAAACAAAGCAUAAGUUAUACACAGCGUCUUUGAGGGGCAUAACAGCACGAAGCAUGAAAGAAAGUUAGGAAAAUACAAUGGCCCAUGUUUAGCAACAAAUCCUAUUGACCGUUGCUGGAGGUGCAGGGCAGAUUGGGCAAAUGAUUGCAAGAGGUUAGCUGACCGUGUCCUUGGCUUUGGCCGACCUCUGAGGUGGAAAGAGGGAGAAAUUCUACGUAGUUACUGACCCAUCUGACAACGACUUGGUGAACCCCAAGCCUGAAACAUUGAGAUAUGCUGUAAUCCAAACUGAGCCACUUUGGAUCAUUUUCGCAAGAAGUAUGGUUAUCAGGUUAAACAAAAAGUUGAUUUGAUAGUGAGCGACAAGACAAUUGACUUUCGUGGAGCUAAUGUUCAUAUCACAGGUGGUGCAGGCCUUACUAUACAGUAUGUGAAGACAGUCAUUGUUCAUGGUUUACACAUUCAUGACAUUCAUGGCGGAAACAGUGGUUUGAUUAGGGAUUCACUUGAUCACUAUGGAUUUGGAACAGCUAGUGAUGGAGAUGGUAUCUCUGUCUUUGAAUCCUCCCAUGUUCGGAUUGAUCAUAACUCCAUGUCCAACUGCAAGGAUGGAUUAUUAGAUGUCGUUAUGGGAUCCACAGUGAUGAUUAUUAUUCUGCAGGUGAAAAAGUUCGGUGCAAGUGAUACAGCUACUCUAACGAUACAAGAAUACAGAUUACCCUUGCGUUUAACCACUUUGGAAGGGGUUUAGUGCAAAGAAUGCCAAGGUGCAGGUGGGGAUUUUUCCAUGUUGUGA